CGAGAAGACCAUCUCAACAUUUGAUGGCAACGAAGCCGAUGCGAAGUGGCUGUCUGUCUAACUGACCAGCUGAUUUCCAGUGUGCGAGUCGGUAAUAGGCUAUCACCACGAUGGGUAUACUGACUGAACCAUCGACAGUGGCCCUGCUAAGUAUAGUCGCGGUGACCUUGCUCUUGUUGCUGCGAACCUCGCGCAAAUUCUAUCAGCACGAGCGACAACUUGGCUGUGGUGAAGUCACCAGCGAGGAUGUUUCUUGGAUCGAUUUCCUCGGUAUCACGAAACUAGUCGAGUUUGCGCGCCAUUUCCAGCACAAGACUGCUCUCGAGUAUACUGACCAGCUGUUCACCAGAUAUGGCAGCACGUACAUGUCAAAGAUCUUGGGAUACCGUAUUCACUUCACUUGCGAUCCAAAGAAUAUCAAGCACAUAUUAUCCACGGGCUUUGCAGACUAUGAUAGCUCCAAGCUGAGAGGUCCGUUGUUCAAUCCCAUUACACCUCAUGGAAUCUUCACAGUCGAUGGGCCCGACUGGCGAGCAAUGCGCGACCAACUCCGGACUCAGCUCUCGAAUAAUCGCGGAAUCUGUGAUUUCGCGAUGUUUGAGCGCCAAUUCCAGAUCCUUCUUCAGCAUGUACCAUCGAAUGGACAAAAGUUUGAUAUCCAGGCAUCUUUCAUUAGCCUCGCAAUUGAUAUUCAGAGCGAAUUUGCCUUGGGAGACUCGAUCAGCAACUUGCAUCCAAGUCCAGCACCAGCGAAGAAGCACUUUGCGGAAGAUUUGCAUGUCAUCAAGGAGACCAUCGUACGUGAUGGAUUCCGGGGCCCUCUGCGUCAUCUUUCAAGCAAGCUAGAAUUUCGGCAAUCAUGUGUGCGUGCGCGUCGCUUUGUCAUGGGCUAUGCGGAACGAGAGAUGGCAAAACACAGCGCUGUGAAGAUGCAAACAAGCGACCAGGGAUACUAUUUUAUGCGCGGGCUCUGUGACAGAGGAGCAGAUGCCGCUCAACUUGCAAACCAGACUCUUAGCAUCUUACUUGCGAACGACAGUAUCGCCACUACCUUAUCGGGUAUCUUUUUUCUUCUGUCGCAGCACAAGUGGGUGGUUUCCAGACUACGACAAAGUAUCCUAGACGAGAUAGGCUCAGAUUUACCUACGUACGACCAACUCACCAAGCUUGUCUACCUCAGAUAUGUCAUUCAGGAGAGUAUGCGACUAUUCCCAGCAGCUCCACUGAACGCGCGGACUGCAAACAAGCACACCGUCCUGCCAUUUGGUGGCGGGCCUGAUGGCAAGCAGCCAAUAUUGAUCCGUCAGGGCGACGUUCUCGUUUUCUCGUCCUGGUCUAGCCACCGGUCCGAGGAGAACUUUGGUGCAAAGCCUGAGGAGUUUCGUCCAGAGCGAUGGGAAAAGUUGAAAGGCGACGUCCCUGGGUUUAUACCGUUUAAUAAAGGUCCCCGAAUCUGUCCGGGUCAAAAUUAUGCCAUGGUUGUGGUUUCUUACAUUGUGGCUCGUCUUAUGCAGACUUUCUCCACCGUAACAGAUUACAAUCCGGGACCUUGGGUCGAGAGAAUAUCGAUGACACUGGAGAACGAUAAUGGCGUCCUAGUUGGGCUGAGCUGAAAUUAUUUUUUGCAGUUGACUGGUGGACUACACUCUCUACUCGACUUUGCGUGUCGCGUCAGCUGCUCUUGAAACCAUGUAGCUGCUUUAUUCUUAUCUUUGUUGUUUUCUUUUUGGAUCUUAUUAGCUCUUACCAGCC